AUGUCGGAGCCACCGGGCUCCAGGUCCAGAUCUGGGAUGGCCAGGCCUGUCACAACGGUGCGACCCAUCGGCGCGGAGGCUCUGGUGGCUCUUCUGGAGGGCGGGCUGGAUCGCGUGGUGCUGAUCGACAGCCGGCCUUUUGUGGACUACAACGUGUCGCACAUCCUGGAGGCCGUGAACGUCAACUGCUCCAAGCUGAUGAAGAGGAGGCUGCAGCAGGAUAAAGUCCAGAUCGCAGAGCUGCUGCAGCACUCAGCCAAGAAAAAGCUGGAGCUCCACGGUGACCAGGAAGUUGUGGUGUACGACCAGAGUUCUUCAGACCCGGCAGCCUUGGGCUCUGACUUGUUCCUCAACGUCCUUUUACUGAAACUAGAGAAGAGUUUCCCUUCAGUUCACCUGCUCUCAGGUGGUUUCUCUGAAUUUUCUCACCUGUUUCCGGGUCUGUGCGAGGGGAAGUCCAACGUGGUUCCCUCAUGCGUGUCUCAGCCAUGUCUCCCCAUCACCAACAUGGGGCCGACGCGCAUCCUGCCACACUUGUACCUGGGCUGUCAGAGAGACGUGCUUAACAAGGAGCUGAUGCAGCAGAACGACAUUGCCUACGUCUUGAAUGCCAGUAACACCUGUCCCAAACCCGACUUCAUCCCCGACUCCCACUUCCUGCGUGUUCCCGUUAACGACUCGUUCUGUGAGAAGAUCCUGCCUUGGCUGGACCGAUCCGUGGAGUUCAUAGAAAAGGCCAAAGCGUCAAAUGCUCGUGUCCUGGUCCACUGUCUGGCUGGAAUAUCGCGCUCGGCCACCAUUGCCAUCGCCUACAUCAUGAAGAGAAUGGACAUGACGCUGGACGAAGCGUACAGGUUUGUGAAGGAGAAGCGUCCGACCAUCUCGCCAAACUUUAACUUCCUGGGUCAACUCCUCGACUUUGAGAAGAAGAUAAAAAGUCCAGAGUCAGAAAUGACCCUGCCCGUUGGCAAGGCAUCGUCCCUGCUUGAAGACCUGGAGUUGCCCUCUCCAGAGGCAGCUGUGGGCACAGAUAUCACCGUACUUGAACCUCUCACGCUAUCCUGCGUUUUAGCAGAUGCCCCUGAUGAGCAGUCAUUAGCACAGACCCUCAGCGGCCUUCAGCUCACUGACGCACCCGAAGAAAACGCUCGGCUAAAACGAUCUUUCUCUCUGGACAUCAAGUCCUUCGGCGACACAGGCGUGGUGCCCGCGCACAGAGGCUUCACCCCGUCGUCGGGUGAGUCCUCGGAGGUGUACAAAACCUCGGUGUUUAAAGACACAAGUAAACCCUGUCAGUUCUCACCAGUGGAAGAGGUUUCAGAACAGUCCACGCCGGAGCAGAGCCCCGACAAGGAGGAGGUGGAGACACCACGGCCAACCUCCAGCACCUUCGUCAAACCUCCGCCCGCUGCUCAGAGCUGCUCGCAGCAGUUGCACCGCAGCGGCAGCACAGAGAACGCCACCACUUUCCUCUUUGGCCUCUCUCGGUCCCAGCAGCACAUUGCAACAGGAGUCGGCGGCGCCCUGAAAGGCUGGCACUCGGACAUUCUGCUGGGACCUGUCGCCGUCUCCACCUCCUCGCUGACCGGAGGCUGGUACCUCUCCUCCGACUCCACGCGCUUCUACUCCACCUCUUUCCUGAGUGGUGGCGGCAGCGGCAGCAGCAGCUACUCUGCGUACACCUGCGGUCACGGCUUGGAAGCCAUCCGUCGUCGUGGCAACCGGCCGCGGACGGGCGAUUGCGGGGACUCCAGGAGGAGCUGGCACGAGGAGAGCAGCUUUGAGAAGCAGCUGAAACGGCGGAGCUGCCAGAUGGAGUUUGGAGAUGGGAUGAAGGACAGUAGGUCGCGGGAGGAGCUCGGAAAGGUCGGCAGUCAGUCGAGCUUCUCAGGCAGCAUGGAGGUCAUCGAGGUCUCCUGAGAUUGACCGUUGUAAAGAAUUCUUCCGGAGCAUCCAUUCAACGCCAGGAUAUAAAGAAUGUGUUGGUUUCAUGUUCCACGUGCUGCAUUACACAGGACUUAACAGCAGGGGUCAGCCAAGGCACAGAGACUGGACGUGCAGGAGAAACGUGUCUCAUGACCUGUGGACAAGUCAAGGUCUCCACAAUAUGAUGUACUGAAAAAAACAGAACACAAUAAAUGAAAAUCAAUCAAUAAGACAAAAACUUUUUUUUUAAUUUCCCAUUUUAUUAGAAAUUUAUACAUAAAUCAUGUAAGUUUAAAAUGUAAAUCACUCUCAUGGACACCUUAUUUACACUGUGACCAUCACUUACUGAGGUCACACCCAGACGCCGGUGAAAGGAUGACGUCAUGUUGCUGCAGAAAUGGUUUUCAUCCACGAUGCUGCUGGUGUGUGUGUGUGUGUGUGUUGCUAUCAACAUUGUGAUGCCUCAGUGUGACUCUCAGGUGUGUGUUUGAAUGUGUGUGAGUAGUCUGCAAGUGGAAGUGACAUCAAUGAUUGUUCAUGUGUUAAACAGAGAGGAAACAAUGACGUCACAUUUGACUCAUGUUUCUGUCGUUAAAGUCAAAUAAAAAUAAUUUGAAUCUGAAAUAAAAACAAAGAAAAAACAUG